ACAUUUUGAACUGCGUAGAGUCAGGGGCAUCUAUAAGUGUCGUGUGUGCUACAAGCAUCCCGCAACAUGGCAGAUGUUUCAACUCUUGACGAGGAGCCGAGGCAGGACGAAUCCGCUGCGGUGUCCGUGUCGGUGUCGGUGUCCGAAAGCGACGAGACAUCCCAAGAAACACCGAAUGGCGUGAAAACGGAAUCUGAGGAAAUACUGGUUUCCAAUGAAAAGCAAGACGGUAAAGAGAAAUCCUCUGGAAGUAGAAGAGCAAACCGCUUCCAUCCCUACAAAGACAAACAUGGUGCAGAGAAGAAGAACGCUCACAGGAACCGUGUGUUCAUCAGCAAUAUCCCGUAUGACAUGAAAUGGCAGGCAAUUAAAGAUCUAAUGCGGGAGAAAGUUGGUGAGGUUACAUACGUGGAGCUCUUUAAGGAUGCAGAAGGAAAGUCAAGGGGUUGUGGUGUGGUGGAGUUCAAAGAUGAGGAGUUUGUGAAGAAGGCAGUGUCCACGAUGAAUAAGCACGACCUGAAUGGAAGACCACUCAGUAUCAAGGAGGACCCUGAUGGGGAACAUGCCCGGCGCGUCCUGCAACGCAUAGGUGGAGGUCCACGGGGAAAUCGCGGGCAGGACAUGAUGCCCGGUGGAAUGAACCUCCCGCCAUCUAUUGCCAACAACCCCAACAUCCCACCUGAAAUCAUCCAUGCGUUACAGGCUGGACGACUGGGCACCACAGUGUUUGUGGCCAAUCUGGAUUUUAAGGUGAGCUGGAAGAAAUUAAAGGAGGUUUUUGCCAUGGCAGGCGUGGUGAAACGCGCCGAUGUAAAGGAGGAUAAAGACGGCAAGAGCAGAGGAAUGGGAACAGUGACCUUUGACCAGUCACUGGAGGCCGUGCAGGCCAUAUCCAUGUUCAAUGGACAGAUGCUUUUUGACAGACAGAUGCAUGUUAAAAUGGAUGACAAAUCUCUCCCUCCCGAUGAUUUUCAUCAAGUAGAAAAAACACCUCAGCUACCAAGGGGUCUGGGAGGCAUUGGAAUGGGACUGGGACCAGGUGGGCAACCCAUAAAUGCAAACCGCCUGAGCGGUGGUGGUGCAGGAGGAGGCGGUGGCGGUGGCAUGGGCUCUAUGGUUCCUGGAGGAAUGGAUGUUUCUGGAUUUGGUGGCACGAACAGACUUGGAGGAGGAAUGAGUGGUGGUGGUGGAGGCUUCGGUGGAAUGGAUAAUAUGGGCAACAUGGGUGGAUUUGGAGGAAGGGACAUGGCUCCAGUUGGCAGGAUGGGAGACAUGUACAGAUCCGGGAUGGGAGGAAUGGAUCGGGACUUUGGCCACAGUGACAUGCCGGUGAAUCGAGGUUUUGGGAAUUCUUUUGGAGGAAUGGGCGGAGGUUAUGGAGGGGGCAUGGGCAGUGGUGGCAUGGGGCACAUGGGGACUGGAUUAGGUGGUGGAAUGGGCAAUAUGUCAAUGGACCGUAUGGGCUCCACCUUUGACCGCAUAGGCAUGUCAGGAAUGGACAUGAACCGCGGCUUUGGCGGCUACGGAGGGGGUGGACCGAGCCACAUGGGCGGCGGAGGCAUGUCCGACAGAGGCUCCGGUUCCAAAGGUGGCUGUCAGAUCUUUGUGCGAAAUCUGUCCUAUGAUCUCACGUGGCAGAAGCUAAAAGAGAAGUUCAGUCACUGUGGCCAGGUAAUGUUUGCAGAAAUCAAGAUGGAGAACGGGAAGUCCAAGGGCUGUGGGACGGUGAGAUUUGACUCGGCAGAGAGCGCGGAGAAGGCCUGCAGGAUGAUGAACGGAACCAAGAUCAACGGCCGCGAGGUUGAUGUGCGCAUCGAUCGCAACGCCUAGAGCUUUUGUAGAAGUCAUUCUAACACACUUCCACAUUCAGCCCUUUUUUUUGCCACUGAGCUUUUGUUUUGUUUUAAAAACACAACUACAUCAUAUCUGUCCACUGUUUCAACAUCAUGUUAUAGUUUAUGUGAACCGUACAUCAUAGCUGUUUUAUCUUUGUUUUGUAAAACCCCUUUUUAAGUUGUCAGGCAAUUUAUUUGAUCAAAUAAACUUUUUAAUUUUUAAA